UAUGUUCUUUUUCAAAUUAAUCUACCCAGCCACUGUAUACAACACCCGUCACACAAUAUGGCGAUUAUGGAUCUUACCAUCAGAUCAACCCCACUUUCCAAGGAGAUUACAAUCAGAAUCCAUUGCCUCGAAGACAAGGAGGUUCUGUACCAGAACACGACAAUCCAAGCGGUCAAGCCGAUUAUACUUCUAUAAAUUAUCCCCCAUCAUUUUCACAGUUGCCCUUUACUCCACAGACCUUUUGGGGAUAUCAACAUGAUCAGCCGGCAACACCAUUUGUUGGAGAAGACGAUUUAAAUCAAUGGAUUGAAGAAAUUCACCAAGAUGAUCAACCAUCUGAACAAGGUGAGAAAGCUCCUCCAAAGAGUCAACCUGAUCCAAAGGAUAAAAAGCCGAAGCAAAGGCCACAAAAAGAAAGGGCGGAAAAAUUAGUAAAAAAACUGGGUUAUACAACAAAACAAAUUAGCUUUAAAUAUCUUACACGUAGACAUCUUCGCGGAUAUUGUCAUUUAUGUCAAAAACAUAAGUAUGACUUUCAGUUUAUUGUAAACGAUGCUGAGGGAGUUGAAAAUUGUAUUGAGCAACAUAUUAACUCAGACAAUCAUCAAAAUGCA